UCCCGCGUCCCCCUUCUGUCCGGCCGGCAGUCGCGCGUCCCGGCGCUGAAGAUGGCGGAGGGUGGCGGUGCGGCGCCCCCCUCCUGCUCUUCCUCCUCCUCCUCCUCCUCUUUGAAGGGGCUGCGGGAGCAGAUGGUUGCUGCAGCCCAAGCCAUAGCAGAAGAAAGAAGAAGCCAAAGUGGCGUUAGCCCUAUUGCAGUCCAGACCUCAAUAAAUAUAAAGACAGCAACUAAACCAGUGAUAGAUGGUUCCACUCUAAGAACAGAAGAAAGACAAAGACUGGCCAGGGAGCGCAGAGAAGAGCGGGAAAAGCAACAUGCUGCCAAAGAGACACAAAUCCUCGAAAAGGAGAGAAAAGCAAAACUCCAGUAUGAAAAACAGUUAGAAGAACGGCAGAGAAAGCUAAAGGAACAGAAGCAGAAAGAGGAACAACGGAGGGCAGCAGUAGAAGAAAAGAGAAAACAGAAAAUAGAGGAGGAAAAGGAGCGAUAUGAAGCCGUUAUGCAUCGUACCUUGGAAAGGAAUCAGCGACUGGAAACACGACAGAAGAGGUGGUCAUGGGGAGGGUCUGUAACUCCAGAUUCAGAGAGCAAAACAGAACAACAGACCACAGAUGAAGGUGGAAGUGGUGCCGGCAAGCGGUCCACCUCCACAGCAAACCUCAAACAGACAGAAGCUGUUGUGAAUAAACGGUUGUCAUCCUCUGCAGCGCUUUUAAACGCAUCUGAUCGAAGUACCACAAAGAGAAGCGCCUCAUUAAACAGACUGAAUAACAAAGUUCCUCUGCAUUCUCAGCAGUCAGCACUCAAAAGUUCACAGGUGGAACAGAAAGGAGGAACAGAAAAGAAGAGGAGCACAUCUUUGAAUAGGAUGAGUAGUAAACCCCAACCCUCUCCAGAACUAGAAAAAGUGAAAAAGGAAGAAAAACCAGCUCGUCGCUCCCAGCUCAGUCCUCUGGACAGUAGCGUAAUCAGUCGCCUCCUCGCCCCCACACAGGCCUCCUUAGCUAGGAGUAAAAGUGCUGCUACGUUAUCGGCUGAUGGACAGGAUCCCGCAGAAUCUCACCUCUGUCCUCGUUCAGCUUCAGCCAGUUCCAUCAGUUCCCCAGUUCCAGCUCCUAAAGUGCCCGUGCGCAGUCGUAGCAUCGACAGAUUGAAGUCCUCUGUAUCUUCAUCUGAUGCAAGUUCACCAGAUUCAACCCAGAAAUCAGAGACAGAAAAGCCAUCCCCAGGUUCUGGGUUAAGACGCCCUCCCUCGCCAUCUGUGUCUGCCCGUAGAAGAUCCCCUUCUCCUGCUAAUUUGGUGAAGCGUCCUCCAUCACCUUCUGCAGUUAGACAGAAGACUCGCCCACCUUCGCCCAGCGUGUCAAAACAAAGGCCACCAUCUCCUACUCCAGUCUCUAAACCUGCACCCAUCCAACGUCCACCUCUAACACCAGGUGUUAUAAAUAUUACCAAAAAGAAAACUGAAGCAGAGAGCAAACCAAAGGAUAAGAGCACAGAAGGAACAGGACAAGAGCAAGGUGCCUCACCGGCCUCGGACAGGGAUGUGGCAGCAGCUAGCACAAAGACCAAAGAAGAAUCAAGUAGCAAAACAGUAGCAGGGACCACCACAGCUGAAGAAGCUGCUAAAAUCUUGGCAGAGAAACGCCGUCUAGCUCGGGAGCAAAGAGAGCGUGAAGACCAAGAAAGAAUUCAGAGACAAGAAGAGGAAAGAAUCAGAGAAGAAGAAAUGGCCAAGAGAGCAAUUGAGGAAAAAGCACGGCGGGAGGAGGAGCUGCGCAAACAGGAGGAAGAGAAGAGACUGGCUUAUGAAGAACAGCAAAGACAAGCUGAAGAGGAGAGGAUCCGCCGAGAACAGGAAGAGCAGGAAAAACUUGCAGAGCUCCAGCACCAGAGAGAAGAAGCUGAAGCAAAAGCUCAAGAAGAGGCUGAAAGACAGCGGCUGGAAAGAGAGAGAAUUAUGCAGCAAAAUAUGCAGGAAAGGCUGGAAAGAAAAAAGAGAAUUGAAGAAAUAAUGAAAAGAACACGAAAAUCGGAUCAAAGCGAAUCCAAGUUGCAGGGUGAAGGGAAGUCUGCCUCUGAGGCUAUGGAGGGAGAGGAUAUUGAAGAGGAGGAAGAGCUGGGUCUUGAGAAGACUGAUCAACCAGGAAAGCUAAAUGGCGUUGAGUUACCCCAGGAAGUCAAGGGGGAGGCAGAGGGUUGUUUAGAGACUGCGUGUGACUUGAUCUCCGCGAACUCUGAGGAACACGAUGUGGCAGAGUUGAAGGCCAGUGAAGUAUUUAUGAAUGGAGGCGAUUUGAAAAGUGAUGACGGGUCUCUGCUCGUUACUGAAUUAAAAGAUUCCAGCCAUCCUGCAAAAGAAAUGGUUAUCGGUGACUCGGUGAAGUUGGGUGUUAACGAAGCUGAUCGUACAAUUGGACUUACACAGAAUCUUAAUGGAAAAUCUGGUUCGUGGACUUUUGAGGAGUUUAUUGACGUUGGAGUACAUUCCAAGUCAACCAAACUGACCUCGGACAGCAUCUCUGCUGGUAACUGUAAUCAAAACUUGAAUGAUGCUGCUACAAUACCUUCUAGUCCCAAAUUGGCUUUUGAGGAAGAUGGUGCAGUGAAUUCAUUGACCAAACCUAUAGAUGCUUCAUCAGAACUGUGAACACUAGAGACCUGGAAAUAAUCUGAUUGCACUUCAGUAAUCCAGUUUUAUCAAGUACCGAAGGCCUUGUUUUGAAAAGCUGCUUGUUUACCUUUACCCAUCUUCAACUUUGCAAAAAAAAACAGAACACCACCGGGGGAGGGAUGACAAACUUCUAGAUUUGCACCUUGAAACAUUUCAGGGAAACUAUUGUGCUGAUAUUCCUUUUCCGUUCAUUUAGCUGACUGUUAGAUGAGAUUUCCUUGUUCAAAUAUCAUUUCCCUUUUACAGACUUUACAGUAACCUGUUUGAGUCUUUUCUUUUCUUUUCCUAUGAAUAUCAUGUACAGCAGCGUGCCACUGGAGGCUCCCCAGUUAGCUACUGGCCAGGUUUUGCGUAUUCCUAGAAAUGGCACUUGAUGAAAUAAGACUCAUUUGGGGUGUGUUAAAGCUGAACUCCCUUUGGAAUGUUCUAGAACAGCGCUGUUACUUGUUGGUUCAUGUGCUAUUUAAAAAGGCACAAUUAAAUAUCUUCAAUUUCGAAUGGAGAAGAAAAAUUCCUUAUUUUCUACCCUGAAAAUAUUGGCAGUUUCAAAAUGCAGUACUGUACCGUCGCUAAUAUGUUUUAAUCUACUGGCAAACAUCAAAACGUUUUAUAGCAUAUGCACUAAGAUAUUACUGAAAUGUUGAGUACCUAGAUACGUCUGUCAUAGUGCGGUUUAACAUGUCAUGCUUUUAAAAAUGUUUUCCUUUUGAAUUACUUAUUUAUCUACACUCAUGGAAGUAUUAUUUUAUUGUGUACAUAACAGUAUUAGACCACUGAAGUCAAUGUUUUGUUCAUGUUAAUUAUUCUAAGUGUUCCUGUUGUAGCUUUAUAACAGUGGCUGCAAGCUGCAUAUAUAUAUAUAUUUCCCUUCCCCUAAAGCCUGCGUUAAGUAAUCUAUUUAACCUAAACUUGCCUGCUUUUUACAGCAUGAAGAGAUUAACUAAGCAUCUUCUGCAAAUUGCUACUAAAAGUAAUAAUGCAGUCUUGUUCUUAAGUCUCCUGUAACAGAUAUACCGGAUAAGUGAGCACCGUAAAGAGUAGCUGUCCCCAAUCCUCCUGUAAACCGUUGGCUGACACUUCCAUUCAAACGGAUCAUCCGAAGGGCAGCUGACUUUUCAGUGGUUAAAUGCAACUGGUUUUGCUGGAACUAAACCUGCUCUGUCCUCAACAUCAUGGUUACAAUAGGAAACCCUCAGCCUUCUUCCUCUCAUGGUUUGCUAUUCAGAAUACGGUAGAACUGUUUUAGACUUUAGAGCAGUGCCUUAGGUAAAAGGAAAAAUGUAUUUUUGUAUGAUAGCUGGUUCAUUCUGGCAGAGACAAUCAUUCUAACGGAAAAGAUGCCGAUAUUUUUUUUCUGUGCUGAUACUAUUUGUUGAAUGAUCUGUUACAGCUCUGUGUAAAUAUGUGCACACUGUUAAAUAAACUUUGCAGUUGAACAAUGCUUUAGUUCUGUAAUGCUAACCAUUGCCUUAGUAGGAGUCUCCAGCCCCUUGCCACGCUGACCUGUGCUCUGGUACCGCGUUAGCUACGCCACACCGUGCACUCCCAAAACUGGUAGCCUCUUUGGCAGUUGCAUUUGUGCGGUUGGGAAGUAUUUGUACUAAUGCCUUCACAUCGGGCUGUGUUUGUACAUGCUGAUGACGUGUUUGUAACUUGGAUUCUUUAACGUGCUUUUUGCUGCAAGCCUUUGCCUUUUCCUUGUAGCCCCGGCAGCUUUACGUUCUAAGGGUGAGUCUGGCAGUGUUCCGUGGCCACAGCAGAGCAGUGACCGUCAAGGACACAGCGAGAUGGUGCCUUUUGUUUGUCUUGCAAGGGUUCUUUGUUUCUGGUGGGUGCUCGGGAAUGACUGGAGCAGCAUCCAGUCGAUAAAUGUAUGGUAUCGACCACCCUGAAACCAGCAUUCAGGUUGGGGAAGGGUAGUGGUAGAGCGGUGUAUGGCCAGUGGCUGUACACGCAUUCUCUAAAGGGCUUUUUCACACAGGCUGUUCUUGGCAGAUGGUCUGGUGUCAGUAAUAUAUUUAAAAAAUUAUUUUACGGAAAUUGUUGCUUUGGUCCUCAGAUAUCUAAGG